UUUGGUUGAGGACUGAAUUUAUUUAUUAUCCCUCAGUCUCUUGGUCGGAUCUCACAGGUGUAUUCUUCAAUUUUUGCUAUUUUUUCAUGUCUGUUGAUGAUACAAACAGCUAACACUCCUCGUACACAAUCCAGGCAGCAGAAGCACUUCUUUGCCCAAAAUACUCCAAGUUUUGUUGUGAGACUUGGCUCCAAUUACAUCAACAACAUCACCAUCGUUUGUCACUGUGUUUGGUUAUUAUUAUUGGAUAAUUUAGAAUUCAGGACUCAUAUCUCAGACUUUGGGUCUCUAGUACUGCUGCAAUGGCUUUUGCUUCCUCUUCUUCUUCUUCUUCUUCUCAAGGGAGCUAUGAUGUGUUCUUGAGCUUUAGAGGAGAAGACACCCGCAAUAACUUCACUGCCCAUCUGUAUCAGGAGUUGCGCACUAAAGGAAUCAACACUUUCAUAGAUGAUGACAAGCUUGAGAGAGGCCGGGUCAUAUCUCCUGCCCUUGUUACAGCAAUUGAGAACUCCAUGUUUUCCAUCAUUGUUUUAUCAGAAAAUUAUGCAUCUUCUAAAUGGUGUCUGGAGGAGCUUGCAAAGAUACUGGAGUGCAUGAAAACCAGAGGACAGAGGGUUCUCCCAAUUUUCUAUAAUGUGGAUCCCUCAGAUGUGAAAAAACAGAGGGGAAAAUUUGGAGAAGCCUUAGCUAAACAUGAAGAGAAUUUGGAGAAUUUGGAGAGGGUGCAGAUUUGGAAGGAUGCUCUCACUCAAGUUGCAAACUUAUCUGGUUGGGAUUCAAGGAAUAAGGAAGUGAAAAAAUUGAAGGCAUAUUCCUCAACUUGUUUCAUUUACAAGAGACAAUAGACUUUACCACACAAGCCUUUGCAAGG